UAGAAUUUAUAAGUGUCAUGUCCAUACUAUUAGUAGCUAAGUGAUCAAUAUUUGUUAUUCAAUACAACCGCUAGAAUUUAUAAAUUUCAAUGUUUUUGAGAGAGUGAGUAAUAGUUCAAGUGGUUAGAGUUCUCGUCUGAACUGAACUGAACGAAAAUAAGCUGAAUACAACAAACCCUAAAUAGAUUCUAUAUGCCCUAUGAGGCUGAGAUAUUGUAUUAAUUACCUCAAAAAAAAAAAAAAAAAAAAGCAAUUAACCUCUAAAUAUUGUAACCCUUCUAGUAUUUUUAUUUGAUUAAUAUAUGAAAAAUCUCUAAAAUGGCCUCAUAAUGAAAACCAUUAUACUGUAAAAUCUUCCCAUUUAAACCUAAAAACUUGAGCUUGACAGUAGAAGGACAACAAUGGCUUCCAGCGGUGGCGGAGGAGCAGGCGGUCCAUCAUCACCGUCACCAAAAAUAUUGUUAGCAAAGCCUGGUCUUGUCGCCGGAAGUCCUUCGGCCGCCGGCAAAUUCAUCCGAGGUGCCGCCGGAGAAGACGAUGCAUCUUUAUCAGCAGCUUCAAUUCGGUCUCGUCUUCCUCCUGUUGGCUCCCUUAAUCUCCUCUCCGAUUCAUGGGACUUCCAUUUUGAUCGUUUUCUUCCUUUUUUGACUGAUAAUACUGAUUUUACUGUAAUUGGAGUAAUUGGGUCUCCUGGGGUUGGAAAAUCGACUAUUAUGAAUGAGAUUUAUGGGUUUGAUCCUACUUCUCCUGGAAUGUUACCUCCAUUUGCAAUUCAAUCCGAGGAAACUCGAGCGAAUGCUAGGCAUUGUACUACUGGUAUUGAACCUCGGAUAUCUUCGGAACGUUUGAUACUACUUGAUACUCAGCCUGUGUUUAGUCCGUCAGUUUUGGCUGAAAUGACGAGACCAGAUGGCUCAUCCACAGUCCCUGUUUUAGGAGGUGAAACUUUAUCUUCUGAAUUGGCACAUGAACUUCUAUGCAUCCAGCUUGGUGUGCUACUUUCUUCUGUUUGUCAUGUUUUGCUGGUGGUAUCCGAAGGAGCUCAUGAAGCUAACAUGUGGCGUUUAAUGUCAACGGUGGACUUGUUGAAACAUGGCUUACCUGAUCCUUCGUCAGUAACAUCACACUUGCAAAGCUCAAGCUCAGGCACGGAUAAGGAUAAUAAAGACAAGUUUUUAGAAGGCGGAGAAGAAUACAUGGCAACUCCUGUUUUCAUACAUACCAAACUGCGAGAUGAGGAUGUUUCACCACAGACUUGUGAGCAGAUGAAGAAGGUUCUUGGGCAAUACUUUCAUUCGUCUUCUUUCACAAGACCAACUGUGGAUGAUCAUAUAUCUAUCCCAAAAUCUCACCAUUCUGAGGACACCAAUGUUGACCCUAAACUGUUGGACUUGUUCUUGGUGCCUAGAAGAAAAGAUAACCCAUUGGAACUUCGCUGUGAAAGUUGUGAUUCAAUGCUGUGGAGGAUUCGGGAUCACAUAUUGUCUAUGGCCCGUCCCUCUUUUGCAAGAACUGUAUCUGAACGAGACUGGCUGAAAAACACUGCAAAGAUAUGGGAGUUGGUGAAGAAUUCUCCCACCAUUGCAGACUAUUGCAGAACUCUUCAAAAUUCAGGUUUAUUUAGGAGGUAGCUCUUUUACUUUAUUGGUUGAUUUGUUAGUUAUCAGGGAAUUGGUGAUAGAGACGUAGCGAAUUGGUCAUGGAGCAUUAACUCUGUUCCUGUGGGCUUUUGAGGAGCGAGAGAUAUUUAUGGUGAUUUAGAUUGUAACUUGAUAGAUUGAUUGUUGCUUGUUCAACUGUAGUAAAACACUUCCAUUUGUCUCCAUUCUUACUAGACAUAGCAAACUACAGAUUUAGUACUUCAGGACCAGGGAAUCAUGGUGAUAGUUUAAGGACCUGUCAUUACAUAGUUCAGAUAUUUGCCUUUGGAAUUGUAAUUCGUUGCAAUUAGAGAAUAUUUCAAUGAUUUUAUAA